AUGUGGGGAAACGAAAAGCAUGCAAAGAUGUCUUUGAAGACGAAAAGAAAGCUUGAUUCACUCACGAUAUCUGAGGGAAAUAACAACAAGGAUGGGAUUGACUUAUUUGUGAAUGCCCCUCCUGAUGGGAGUGAUGCUGCUGAUGAUGAUAGUACUGACUCUGAGGAAAGUGAGUAUUCAGGCUUAGAGGAUGAACCAGACACGACUGAUGAUGACAGUGAGGAAGGAGAGGAGACUGAAAAUUCAGAUCCAGACACAGACCAGGAAACAGACGGGAGUGAGGACAGUGACAUUAUUUUGAGAAAAGUAAACAGACAUGAACCUGAAACACAAUUGCAAUCAGAUGAAGAGGUUGAGGAAAAUGGCCUGAGAAAAGACAGGAAAGAAAAAGAAAACAUACAGAAAGCAAAAGAAAAAACAAAGAAAGGGAAAGAAAAAGCAAAGAAAGGGACAAAAUCAAAUGAGGGAAGCUCGAGUCAAAAAUCUGGAAAUGAUACAGAAGAAAAAAAUGAAGAGUUUAAUGAAUAUGCUCAAGAUUCUUCAGAUGAAGAGGACAUCAGGAAUACAGUGGGUAAUAUCCCUAUGGAGUGGUAUGGGGAGUAUGCACACAUUGGCUACAACCUGGAGGGAGGCAAAAUCAUCAAACCUAAGAGAGCAGAUGAAGUGGAUGAGUUUCUCAAUAAAAUGGAUAACCCAGAUUACUGGAGAACAGUCAAGGACAAGAUGACAGGACAGGAUGUCAUUCUCUCCAAGGAAGACGCUGAGAUGAUUCAGAGAAUGGAGAAAGGAAAGUUUCCAGAUGCUGCAUAUGAUCCCUACGAACCAUGGGUGGAUUUCUUCACUCAUGAAAAAAUGAUCCAUCCUGUCACCAACAGACCAGAACACAAGAGGAGCUUUAUCCCAUCUAAGUGGGAGAAAUUAAAAGUGGGACAGCUGGUUCACGCCAUCAAGAUGGGAUGGAUCAAACCCAAGAAACCAACGACAGAAGACGACGAGCAGCCAAAAUAUUACGAUAUCUGGGGUAAAGAUGAUGAGAGUGCUAUCAACAAGAGAUUUACUCAACACAUUCCUGCCCCAAAGAUGGCGCUACCAGGUCAUGAGGAGUCGUACAACCCUCCGCCAGAAUAUCUCCUCACUGAAGAAGAAGAACUGGCUUGGAAGGAGACAGACCCAGAAGACAGAAGAAGGAACUUCCUUCCAAAGAAGUACUCCUCUCUGCGGCAGGUGCCUGCCUAUCCACGAUUUAUCAAUGAGCGCUUCGAGAGAUGUUUAGAUCUGUACCUGUGUCCACGGCAGAGGAAAAUGAGGAUGAAUGUGAACCCUGAAGACCUCAUUCCUAAGCUUCCUAAACCCAAGGAUCUGCAGCCUUUCCCAACUACACAGUCCAUAAUCUAUGAAGGUCACAGUGGACUGGUCAGGUGUAUCAGUAUUGACCCUAAGGGUCAGUGGAUGGCUUCAGGUUCUGAUGACCACAGUGUUAAACUGUGGGAGGUGUCCACAGGCAGGUGUUUGAAUACUGUCCAUAUUGGAGGGACAGUUAAGAGCCUGGCCUGGAACCCGAACCCUGCACUGUGUUUAGUGGCGGUCUGUGUAGAGAAAGCGGUCAUUCUGCUAAACCCUGGCCUUGGAGACAAAGUGGUCAUUACAGCCACAGAUAAUAUGCUGACCAGCUAUCAGUCAGUCUCAGAGGAGGAAGAGAACUCUGGUUUGCCAACAACUUGGGAAGAUUGUGAGGAAGAAGAAAGCAUGCAUGGCUGCCGGGUUAGGAUUACACACCCUAAGGAUGUCAGUCAAGUCACAUGGCAUGGGAAAGGAGACUAUUUUGCCACCGUGAUGCCAAAUGCAGAGUCCAUGUCUGUAAUGAUACACCAGCUCUCUAAGAGAAGGUCUCAAGCCCCGUUCUCCAAGUCUAAGGGUAUGGUACAGAAGGUGCUGUUCCACCCAACAAGGCCCUUCUUGUUUGUGGCUACCCAGCGCUAUGUGAGAGUAUACAACUUGACCAAGCAGGAGUUGACCAAGAAACUGAUGACCAACUGUAGAUGGGUGUCCAGUAUGGCUGUACACCCUGGAGGAGACAAUGUGAUAGUGGGUAGUUAUGACGCCAGGCUGUCGUGGUUUGACAUGGAUCUGUCCACAAAACCCUAUCAAACUCUCAGACAUUAUAAGAAAGCCUUGCGCCAGGUGUGUUAUCACAGUAGAUAUCCACUGUUUGCAUCUGCAUCUGAUGAUGGCACUGUUAUUGUAUGUCACGGAAUGGUGUACAACGACCUUCUCCAGAACCCGUUAAUCGUCCCAGUGAAGAUCCUAAGAGGACAUAAGAUCAGUAAAGACCUGGGCAUACUGGACUGUCAGUUCCACCCCACACAACCCUGGAUACUGACCAGUGGGGCGGACAAUACUAUCAGGUUAUUUACCUGAUCUGAGCUUAUAUUUAUAUAUAUAUAUCUUUGUAAAUACUGAACGUACAUGAAAGAUGUACUGAAGAGGAUAAGAGAUUGUACAGUUAGCAGACUGCUUGAUGUACGACGUAUUCCACAAGAAUUUUAACCAUGAAUGCCCUACAGAAGAGUCGGCCUUUCUGUCAUUAUUUAUGAGAACUGUACAGAAAUGUAGUAAUGGUUGUUUAUCAUCAUCAUCAUAAUAAUGAUAACAAAAUUUGUAAAAUAAAGCAGAAAAUAAAUAAACUCAUGGUUUGGUUAUAUAUCACUGUGAAGAUGAUU